AUGACAGGGAACAAAUUUGAAUUGAGCAAUGGUCUUGUUGCGUUUGAGACUAAAUUAGGAUGGGCUCUCAUGGGGAAAAAUCCUGCGACUGAUCGAACAGAUGCAGCCACUGUUGCCAUGUCAAUGUUUGUAAAAGAUGCAAAGAUUUCCGAUCUGUGGAGUCUCGAUGUUUUGGGUAUUAAGGAUCCAACUAAAAAAGCAAAUCAAUCAAUAAAAGAACAAAGUGUUGAAGAUAACUUUUUGAAAUCAGUUGUUUACAGUGAUAAAAGAUACUCGGUUGAUUUACCGUGGGUGGAUGACCACGCUCCUAUUUCUCAGAAUUUUGAGUUGUCUGAAAAGAGAUUAAAGAAUACGGUAGAAAAGUUAAAGCGAGAUGAUUUGUUUUUUCAGUACGAUCAGGUAUUUAAAGAAUGGCAAAAUGAAGGUAUUAUUGAACCAGUAAUGGAAAAGUCGACCCCCGCAUGUCACUACUUGCCUCAUCGUCCAGUUGUCAAGGAGGAAAGCACGACAAAUAUACGGCCAGUAUUUGAUGUUUCGGCAUACUUGUCGGGUUUUCCUUCCUUGAAUCAAUGUUUGGAAAAAGGACCAAACUUAAUAGAGUUGAUACCCGCUUCGUUGCUGAAAUUUCGGGAACACGAAAUUGCUGUUUUGGCUGACAUUCGUGCUGUUUUAAAAUUACAUUUUACAAAUUUAUUACAAGCAGCGAAAGACAGUAAAGGAUUAUGGUCUCGCGAAAUCAUCGAAAAAUUAUCGAAAUCCUUUUACGUCGAUAAUUGCACAACCAGUGUGGAGUCGGAGUAG